AGCAAGAGGAGCAGCGGAAGGUUUUAUUUAAUUGUGUGUUUGUUUAUCUUCUACCUGGAGGACCGACUGUGCGCGAAAGUCUUUUUCCACGCUUGAUCCUCCCCCACCAUGAGUGGAUCCUGAAGGAAAGAACAAUUCAGCCAAGAGGCGCGCUGACAUCCUCACCGAGAUGUGCUGCGGAGAGCCUAUAAUUUCUUGUCUUCGUGUUAAAAUCCGGUGGCAGAGACAACCUACGCCUUCCACUCCUCUUGUUAUCAGUGAGCCCAGAGAGAGAGAGAUCUAGUUUACAGCUAAAUCACAAGCUUCUGUUCUUGGCUCACCCUCCACCAUCAUUAUUCUCCAACAUCCUGUCAAUCGCCAUGGCCUGCUUCCUGGCCUCUGCCUUUUUUCUGGUUCUACACACGUAUGCUGGCGUUAGUUUGAACAGCAUGGACGUCACCAACAACGAACAUGUGACCUCUCAACCUCCGCCGGGCACUAGCAAAAGAGCCCCACACAGCAUAAUAAUCGGGGUGCGCAAGGGAGGCACGAGAGCCCUCCUGGAAAUGCUUGACAUACACCCGGAGGUUUCUGCUGCUGCAACUGAGGUGCAUUUCUUCGACUGGGAUGAGAACUACUCUAAAGGUUUAGAGUGGUACCGUGAGUUGAUGCCCUACUCGUACCCUGACCAGAUCACGGUGGAGAAAACCCCAGGAUAUUUCACAUCAGCUCUUGCACCGGAACGCAUAUGUGCCAUGAACUCAUCCAUAAAGCUGCUGCUGAUUUUACGUGACCCGGCUGAGCGUGUCAUCUCCGACUACACCCAGGUCUACUUCAACCGACUGGAGAACCACAAGCCAGUGCAAGCCAUCGAAAACCUUCUAGUUCGCAACGGAGCUCUAAAUAUGCGCUACAAGGCCAUUCAGAGGAGCCUAUACGACAUUCACAUGCGGAACUGGUUGCGUCACUUCCCCUUGGAACAGAUCCAUAUCGUCGACGGGGACUUGCUCAUUCAUAACCCCUUGCCAGAGCUUCAGAAAGUGGAGCACUUCCUCAACCUGCCCCCCAGGAUAGUUUCCUCCAACUUUUACUUUAACCAAACCAAAGGCUUUUACUGCAUCCGAAGUGACGGUCGAGAGCGAUGUCUGCACGAGUCAAAGGGUCGUCCCCACCCUGUUGUCAACAGUACUGUCCUCCAACAACUCCGUUCUUACCUUCAAGAGCAUAAUAGAACUUUCUUUAGGCUGGUGAAGCGUACGUUCAACUGGCAGUAGGAGUACGGUAUGAAAAUAGCACCUGAAGUCAAAGUAAGCCCAAAGCACUUUAGACAACUAACAUUUAAAGGGUCUUUGAAAAGUUCCUAGCCUUGUCUCCUCCAGUUUCCGAGGACGGAUUAACUGCUUUUACAAGAUACAGCAGAAUAAAUGGAAUACGAUACUUCAACUUUAUCAUUCUGUUUGUGCCGCAAGCACAUAACUGAUAAAAUGACAGCAUAAUAUGUUUUAUGAACUGGUGAACUUCUCUGUCUUGUUUGAUAUUCUUG